GCAAAUCCGAAAAUGAAAGAAAAAACGCGGUCAAGCGCAACACAAGUAGCAAUCUAUGUGUCGCACAGAAGCGUGUCCCACACAGGCUCUCUGGAGCGCAGCCAGCGCUAGGACCUUACUGCAUGUGCGUCUGUAUGAUACGAAGAGCACGGAGAAGGGCUGGUCCAGGAAGUUUCACUCUGAAACGAAACGAGAGGCUUCUCAUCUUUCAAUACAGAAACAUGGCCAGCACAAACACCGUGGAGGAGGAAACGGCUUUAGUGGUGCAGGAGCUCUUCGACCGGCAAUUAGGGGCCAUCACACCGAUACGCAAGAUUGUGUCCUGUCCUGAUUUCAGACCCAACAAAAAAUCCACUAAAAAAAAGGAUGACGAGUCAUUCGAUGCCACACUGAUUGCUGAGAAGAUUGAAGAACUGAGUGACUUGAUUGACAAGUCGUUCGUUCAGUGCCAUGUGGAUGUGCUGGUGGAAAAAGCCAAGGGCGCUUCUCCAGAGCAGGUAAUAGCAGUGUUCUCACAGACAGUGAAUGGCCUUUGCAAACCCUCGGAGCUGGACAGUAUGAGCACACUGCAGGUCGCCACGGCGAUGGCUUUAUAUGCUUAUAAGAAGAGUCCAGAGCUGUCCCCGUCUCUCCGCCAGGCGAUGACACACUUCCUGAACACAGAUCUGAAGGGCUGGGUUCAAAAGCAGGGUGGCUGGAUGAGCUGGGCUUUGAGAAACGCUGACUGAUGUGAGGAUGAGUCUACUCCAGGGUCUGUGUUCUGAAUUGUUCCAAUGCUGUGUUAAACAGCAGCUUGAAACCUUGUUCCAGGAGACCUGGUUUGAGGGAACUCUGCCGUACCAAACCCCAAGUCUCCCUGCCUGGUGUGCCAUGCAGGGGCUUGAAACCCAGUCUCCUGAAACCACGCUCCACGCUGCAAAGAGGCUCCGUGUUCGCUCAGGAACACAGGGAGCGGAAUACGAAACUGCAGGAUUGGAACAUUUACAGGGCUAAUGCACAGCCCUACUGUUAAUACUACAGCACUAUCAGUCAUGCGCUUGACAGCUGGUUUAGCUUGUUGCAUAUAACUCUAACAUAUCUGCUGUAAUCGUAAGGAGUUUUAAAGUUAAUGUUGAGAGCUAUGAAAAUGUACUCAUGUUUUGCUUGUUUUCUUUGUGCACAUUUAAACAUUAAGAUAGUUCUAUAACUUUCUAGCAUCCAACCACCCCAGUGUAGUUACUGGGGGUGUACUUAAAGGGUUGUCUGAAGACACUGUGUGAACUGUGAGAAGAGUGAGUUCUGUGCAGACUAGAGUCAGUGCUGAGCUGCGACAGCCUGCGAAUCCUGCAUCUCUUUGAGAGAGGCGCACUAUCACCACUAAAUCUAUUGGGUCCCCCUUGUGGCAGAAGGCUGAAAUUCAGUUCAGAAUAUACAGUAAAGUACAGGUUUGAAAUGAGGGAUAACUGCAGUGUUUAAACAAAAAAAUAAUAAUAAAAUUGUCUACACAAUGUUUAAA